GUCUGAAACAUAAAAUAACAUAUAACAUCUGUGAAUUACCAAAACAUAUAUAUUCUGCGUUCUCAACAUAGAAAAAGUAACAUUACAUUGUACUUCUAACUAAUUAGGAACCAUGUCAGCAACGAUUACAAAAACCACAACAACGGAGUCAAAAUUAAAAAAUAAAGAAAAGGACCUAAAAGAAGCAACACAUUCGAAUAACCUCGACGAUAUGUUAACUAAAGUUAAGAAAGUCGACGACACGUGUGCUUUUCAUAAUUGUAAAAAACGCACAAAUGAUUUUGCCAUAGACUGCAAAUAUUGCAACAGCAGAUUUUGUACAUCACAUGCCCUGCCUGAAAUCCACGGAUGUGGUGAAGCAGUCAGGAGGGAUGAGAAAAGAAAGUUCCUCCAUCCUGAGUCGAGAUUAACCAAUGAAAAGCACGAACAGGCACAUACCAAAUUGUCCAUGAAGUUGAAACAAAUGCAACAAGAGCGAAAAUCUAAACAAGGUUUCACAAGUAAAGGCAAAAAGAAGUAAAGUGUAUUAUAAUUUAUAUUUAAUAAUUAAAAACUAAGAUACUUAAGCCUAUUUUAUUUAUCUCCAAUAUUUAAUUACUGUUGAGAUUAAAGUCAAUAAAGUGAUUUAAUACUCC